AUGCCGCCCAGACGCACUACACGCCGGGUCGGCGCAACUCCUUCAAGAAGAUUACAUCAGGAACCAGAAUUCGAGUCAAUCCUUGAUCUUGUUGACGGGCCCGUAUUACCCAGCGUUCCAGUCCAGGCAUCAUGGAACUAUGGCGCUGCUACCACAACAGCAUUACCCCAGCGCAUGCAGAUGCGACCCAAUAUUGGGAUUGAUCAAAUGGCUGAAGCAAUCGAUGCCCGUCUCGAAGUUUCCCGAAAACGAGCAGUUGCUACGAAAAAGAAGCAAAACGCUCAGAUGCGCCCGCCAAAGCGUGAGCCAACACCCGACCAGACUCAGCUUCAGCAAUCGCUGCACUAUGCAGUAGAGCAACAUUCUGAUCAAACUCCCUCGCCUCCUGUUCAACGUACGAUUUCUACGGACUCAAGUCCUGAGAUUCAACCUCCCUUGCAACGUCAAUUGUCCAACUCUCCGGUCUAUCCAUCACCUCUUCAACGGAUGGAACCUCCCCGUCAACGGAUGGAACCAGCCCUUCAACAUAUGGAAUCUCCCCUUCGCAAUGGAUCCGGGGGCAGCUCACCAUAUCGCCAUAGCUCUGUCGACAACGCUUCUGUAAUAUCUUGGAGCCUUGAACGCGAUAUCAACGAUGAUAAUUUGCAAAGAACGCGACCAAGCAAGCAUGGUCAAAACAUCACAGCGCCCCCUCGACGUAUCUCUGGGUUGGCAAAUGUUCCGGAGGAGGAUGAGGAGGAGGAGGAGGUGCAAUUCAGAGUGGUAGAAGACAUGAAGUUUGAGAACGCACCAACUUCCUCAGUUCCCAAUCCCAGAGUUCCUGGCUCCAGAAUUCCCAGCCCCGUUGUUCCUAGCCCCGUUGCUCCCAGUCCCGAUGUUCCCAAAUUAAGCUUAUUGCGUCGAUUAUCAGCAUCAUUGAGUCCUCAAUUGUCAGCAUUGGUGAGUCCUCAAGAACGAGAAACUCAAGACCGAGCAUCCCAAGACCGAGCAUCUCAAGCCCGAACAUCCCAAGACCGAGCAUUUCAAGACCGAGCAUCCCAAGACCGAGCAUCUCAAGCCCGAACAUCCCAAGACCGAGCAUUUCAAGACCGAGCAUCCCAAGACCGAGCAUCCCAAGACCGAGCAUCUCAAGCCCGAACAUCCCAAGACCGAGCAUCCCAAGACCGAGCAUCUCAAGCCCGAGCACCUCAAGACCGAGCACCUCGAGGCCCAGCACUCCAGACUCGCGUUGAGGAACCCAGCGCUCCACGUCGAAAAAGCUGCAUGCAGAUGUUUGAAGGUGCAAUGGACGGUCCCUACCAGAACUUAAUUAGGGCGGGGUUCUUCUUACUCUUAAUUCUGAGCUUUAUUUUCGUGCCUCUGGUUGCGGCAAAGACUAGAGAUUACCUUUACUACGGCAACCUGGAUUGGGACUCCCCUUCGAACACGAGCAUGGCUAAAUCGGAGAUUUUCUACAACCUCCGGAACCAGAUAUCAAAAAUGGACGGUCAAAUUCAGUCUUUGUCGAAUGAAGUGAGCUCGGUUCGGGCAGAACACGCGCUUCAUGAUUCGACUCCUACGGACGUAAGUCUUCAGCGAAGAUCAGCCCAGAGUGUGAAUUUCCUGUCGGUAUCGUUGGGAGCAAUGAUUGACCCAAAGAACACUUCGCCGACUCUGGGGCCCAGACGCAGUCUUUCCAACCGAGGAGCUCUCUGGUUCUUUUCAUUGCUUGCUAAAAAUGUCGUUCGAUCAUCACAAUCUCCUCUGUCUGCCAUUACCAAAUGGGAGGAGAUAGGCGACUGCUGGUGUAGUGCCCCCCGCAAUGGAACGACCCAACUAGCUGUGCUUCUUGGUCGGGACAUCGUGGCGGAAGGAAUGGUAGUUGAGCACAUUCCUCUGGGUGCUUCUCUCGAACCGGAAGCGGCACCUAAAACAAUUGAGGUAUGGGCUCGCUUCAAAGUGAACCCUCAUAAAACGCCAGUCAAGGCCAAACCGACUCCGGGAGCUACACCUCGGCGGAUUGGCUUCUCCAAAAUCUUUGGGGGUUCCGCGGUGUCAGAUACGCCGCCGCCCGCGACAGAUGCUCUUUCGUCCCGCGAAGCAGGACUUGGGGGAUUUAUAAUCCCAGGAAUCGGUACCCUUCAUGGACUUCUCAUGGAUUUACUGCGUCGCAGUAAUCCUUUCGAGCCCCCAAGUGCCUACUCAGAUGACCCGGUUCUUGGGCCCAACUUCUACCGCAUUGGGAAAUUUGAUUACAAUAUCCAUAGCCCGGACUAUGUGCAAGCAUUCAAGCUUAACACGGUCGUCGACAUCUCAACUAUCCGUGUGGACAAGGUUGUGUUCCGAGUGACUUCAAAUUGGGGUGCCAACCACACCUGCAUCUACCGUUUCAGGUUACAUGGGCAUGUCUGA